AUGCCAGCACCUCUGUUCAAGCGCUGGGCGCCGCCCGUCACCAUCGUCAAGCCAGCUGCACCAGCUGCGCCUGUACGUGCAAAGGUCGCAAAGGCCUUAAGUCCCGUUGUCUCUGCCGUUGAAGUAUCUGCCUCACAUGCUUCGCCCAUUACAGAGGACGCGCCAGUAGAAGCUCCCAAGUCGAUCAAGAAGCCCAAGAAGAGGAAGCGCGACCCAGAUGCGCAGGAACAAGAAGAGACACCCAAGAAACACAAGGCCAUUCUGUCCAAAUUUGAAAAGGUGCAGAAGUUGGCAGAGUCACGAGGCGACCAGAAGCAAGAUGGAUCCACGCAUGGCUCAGAAGAGCAAGGAGAACUUCACGAUUUGCAGCCAAUGCCCCAGCCCGCACCCGUACCCGAGCCUGCAUUCGAGCCUACCUUUUCCACUCUACCACCAUGGCUUGCGAAGCCAGUGACCGUCGAGGCGACCAAGAACGUCCCAUUUUCGGAGCUUGGCAUCGAGCCAUUUUUCGUCAAGAAGCUACAAAAACAGGGCUUUAAUGAUGCUCUAGCUGUUCAGACAGCCCUGCUACCCAUGCUCCAUCCCGGCUUUGAACAGCACUUGGGCGAUAUAUGUGUCUCUGCGAAGACGGGAUCUGGCAAGACACUCGCCUAUCUACUGCCUAUAAUCGAAGCGCUCAAGGAUCGUGUUGUACCCGUCCUGUCCGCUGUAAUUGUAGUUCCAAGCAGACAGCUUGUCAACCAGGCAUUGCAGGUCGCUGAAGAGUUAUGUGCUGGUACAAAGAUCAAGGUUGGGACUGCAUUGGGAAAUGUCGCAUUCCCGACGGAACAGAAACAGCUUGUGAAGCUGAGAGCUCAAUACGACCCCCAUAGAACUAGAGAGCUACAUGAGCGGGCCUCCCGACAGUUUCAGAUUGGCUUCGCAGAGAAGGGUGGCAUCUUCGAUGAUCUCAAGAGUAUGCCUUUGGACCACGUUCCACAGUACGACUCGGGUGUAGACAUUCUGAUAUGCACACCGGGGAGGCUCGUUGAGCACAUCGAAAACACUACGGGCUUCCUGUUGAACGCCGUGCAAUGGCUAGUUAUCGAUGAAGCAGACCAACUGCUGAACCAGAACUUCCAGGGUUGGGCAGGCGUGCUCAUGGAGGCGCUCCAUGGCGAAACGCCUCCAGACUUCAUGAAUGCCCAGGAACGGAUCCGUAUGCGUGAGCGAGAUGCCAACUCGAAAUGGUCUGUUGCUUUGCCAGCGCGCAGGCAGCUUACAAAGGUUGUGCUGAGCGCGACAAUGGAGAAGGAUCUUACCAAGCUGGGGACACUAAAGCUAAAGAGACCGAAGCUGGUGGUCGUUCAGGACGAGGCUACCGAGAUACAGCCGCUCGACCACGAAGACAACGUGUUCGAAUUACCUUCGACCCUCGACGAAGUUGCUGUACACGUUGGCGACGGUUCGAACAAACCUCUUCAUCUACUAUACAUACUACUUAAUGCCGUGUUCCCAGGAGCAGAGUCUGGUAUGAAACAAGAAUCUUCAGAUUCGUCCUCUGAUUCCUCAUCAGCUGAGGACUCUGAACACGAUGAAGAGAAGGAAGGCUCGCUUUCCAAACAACAAAGCCGCGUCCUCGUAUUCACAAAAAGCACGGAGAGCGCUUCCCGCCUAUCCCACCUCCUCUCUGUCCUCGCCCCCAACUUCAGAAAGUACCUCAAAACAAUGACACGCGCCCUCACUGCCGAGGCCUCACGCAAGCUCCUCCGCUCUUUCGGCACAGGAGCCAUAAAAAUUCUCAUUGCAUCUGAUGCCGCCUCCCGUGGCCUAGAUAUUCCCUCAAUAACUCAUGUCAUCAACUAUGACCUCCCCACUAGUAUCACGAGCUACGUGCAUCGUGUCGGGCGCACAGCACGAGCUGGGAAGGUGGGAGAGGCGUGGACACUAUUUACCAAGACAGAAGCUGCGUGGUUCCUCAAGCAGGUCGCAAAGGGGGAUAGUAUCAAGCGUGGGAACAAGAAGGUGAAGCGUAUGGAAUUGAAGGAAAGCACCGUUACGGCAGGCGGGAGAAAGAAGGCUUACCGCAAGGCGCUCAAGCAGCUGGAGAGUGCUGUGACCGGUGCUGGGGCCGAAUAA